AUGGCAAAAUUUUUGAGAUUAGGAGCUAGAGUUUCUGUUAGCAACAGUCAGGUGCCGGCAACAUCAAGUUGGGGAUCCGCCAUUAGGAACGAAGAGUUGAUGAAUGAUCACAUAAAUUCCCUGUGUAAACAAAAUUUAUACAGGGAAGCAAUGAAAGCGUUUGAUUUUGCACUCAAGAACCCAAGCUUCAAGAUAAGGUUAAAGACCUAUGUUUCUUUAAUUUGUGCUUGCUCUUCGUCGAGAUCUUUAGCUCAAGGCAGAAAGAUACAUGAUCACAUUUUGAAAUCCAACUGCAAGCAUGAUACUAUUCUUAAUAAUCACAUUCUAAGCAUGUAUGGAAAAUGUGGCUCGCUGAGGGAUGCUAGAGAAGUUUUUGAUUUUAUGCCUCAGAGGAAUUUGGUCUCUUACACAUCUGUAAUAACUGGAUAUUCACAGAACGGUCAGGAAGCCGAGGCAAUCAAAUUGUACUUGAAAAUGCUUCAGGCAGGUGUAGUCCCUGACCAGUUUUCAUUUGGAAGCGUCAUCAAAGCGUGUGCCCAUUCUGGUAAUGUUUGGUUAGGGAAGCAACUGCAUACUCAAGUCAUCAAGUUGGAACCCAGUUCUCAUCUAAUUGCUCAAAAUGCUCUUAUUUCUAUGUAUGUUUGCUUCAAUCAAAUUUCAGAUGCAAUCAAAGUGUUCUCUGGUAUCCCAAUAAAGGAUCUAAUUUCGUGGGGUUCGAUCAUCGCAGGGUUCUCGCAACUUGGAUAUGAGUUUGAGGCUUUGAGCCACUUAAAAGAAAUGUUGUCUUAUGGUGUUUUCCAUCCAAAUGAAUAUAUAUUUGGUAGCUCUUUAAAAGCUUGUAGCAGUCUCCUUCGACCAGAUUAUGGAAGCCAAAUACAUGCGUUAUGUAUUAAGUAUGAGUUAGCUGGAGAUGAAUUUGCAGGCUGCUCUCUCUCUGACAUGUAUGCUAGAUGUGGUUUCCUGAGUUCUGCAAGAAGAGUAUUCAAUGAGAUAGAAAGGCCGGAUACAGCAUCAUGGAACGUGAUCAUUGCUGGACUUGCAAAUAACGGCUACCCUGAUGAGGCCGUAUCAUUUUUCUCUCAAAUGAGGAAAUCUGGUUUUGUCCCUGAUGCUAUCUCCCUGCGCUCGUUACUUUGUGCUCAGACAAACCCAAUGGCUCUGCGUCAAGGCAUGCACAUUCACUCUUUCAUUAUCAAGUAUGGUUUUCUGAGAGAUCUUUCAGUUUGCAACUCUCUGCUUACCAUGUACACCUGCUGCUCGGACUUGGAUUGUUGUUUCAAGNUAUUUGAAGACAUCGGAAACAACGCAGAUUCUGUUUCUUGGAAUGCUAUUCUGACCUCAUGUUUGCAACACGAACAGCCAGCAGAGAUGUUGAGACUAUUAAAGCUGAUGCUUGUCUCUGAAUGUGUGCCGGAUCACAUAACCAUGGGUAAUCUGUUACGGGCUUGUGUGGAAAUUUCAUCUCUGAAAUUGGGAAGUCAAGUCCAUUGCUAUAAUUUAAAAACCGGGUUGGUGCUUGAACAGUUUAUAACAAAUGGGUUGAUUGAUAUGUAUGCCAAGUGUGGAUCACUCGGGCAAGCGAGAAGGAUAUUCGAUUCAAUGGAUAACCGAGAUGUAGUUUCGUGGAGCACUUUGAUAGUUGGAUAUGCUUUGGCUGGAUUUGGAGAGGAUGCUCUCAUAUUGUUCAAGGAAAUGAAAAGUUCGGAAAUAGAGCCAAAUCAUGUAACAUUUGUCGGUGUUCUUACUGCAUGUAGUCAUGUUGGGCUGGUGGAGGAAGGCUUGAAGCUGUAUUCAAUCAUGCAAACUGAACAUGGCAUUGAACCAACAAAAGAGCACUGCUCUUGCAUAGUCGACUUAUUAGCUCGUGCUGGCCAUUUAAAUGAAGCUGAGAAAUUCAUCGAUGAAAUGAAGUUGGAACCUGAUGUAGUCGUGUGGAAGACUCUACUGUCUGCAUGUAAAACCCAAGGAAAUGUUGAUCUUGCCCAAAAAGCUGCUGAAAAUAUUCUGAAGAUCGAUCCUUUCAACUCUACCGCUCAUGUAUUGCUCUGCGGCAUACAUGCUUCUUCUGGGAAUUGGGAAGGUGCGGCAUUGUUGAGGACCUCGAUGAAAAAGCAAGACGUUAAAAAAGUUCCGGGACAGAGCUGGAUUGAAGUUAAUGAUCAAAUUCAUAUAUUCUUUGCUGAAGAUGUUCUUCAUCCAGAGAGGGAUGGUAUAUAUACAGUCGUGCACAACCUCUGGUUGCAGAUGCUAGAUGAGUGUAAUCCGAAACACAAGAAAAGGCUCCAGUUUACCGAUGAGACCGGAUAA